AUGGACGCGUUUAGCAGGCCGCAAUGCCUUCCUGGGACACGAACAGAAAUCGUGCAGCAGAUCGUGGAAUGGACGUUAUCGGACUCGGACCAGAAUGUCUUCUGGUUAUAUGGUGCGGCAGGGUCUGGCAAGAGUACUGUCAGCACGACUAUUGCGGAACACUUCCGUGGUAUAUCCCGACUCGGCGCUCAUCUGUUUUUUGAACGUGGGCAGAGCGAUCCGAGCAAUGUCAUCCGAACUCUCGUUUAUAAGCUUGCUUCAUUCGACUCAACCGUGGAAGAUAAUGUCAUUGCCGCCAUUAAGCGAGACAACAAUAUUGCAGAGGCCACGGCGGCGACCCAGUUUGAGAACCUUCUUCACAGUCCUCUUGUUUCUUCUAGAGACGCGAUGCAAGGACCCGUUGUCAUUGUCCUUGAUGCACUAGAUGAAUGCGGUACGGAGAAGUCUAGGCAAAGCCUAAUGCAAAGUUUCCGAAAAGGACUGCGAUUGCUCCCGAAGAAUUUCCGAUUUCUCAUCACGAGCAGAAGAGAAUCAGACAUUAAUCAGGUCUUCUCUUCAGCAGAGAACAUUUGUUCUGUCGGACUAGAUCACACGUCGGGUACUUGCAAAGAUGACGUGCUUCAUUAUCUUGACUAUGAACUGCGAAACGUGUUUGCGGGUAAAGCGCUACGGAUUCCUGAUGACUGGCGGUAUAGGAUGGAUCGUCUUACCGAAGCGUCAGAGAGCCUUUUUGUGUGGGCAUCAACAGCUGUGAAGCUGGUGGAUUGCGACAAUCCGGCUCGGGCACUACAAGACCUAGUAUCACACUCGUCGAGUCUUUCAGGCCUCGAUCAACUGUACGAGUCUAUUCUCUUAGGCUCUGGCAUCAGAUUCAACAGCGAAACUUCUAAGGAACGCUUUUCGCAAGUCCUUGGCCUCAUACUCCUCAGCAGAAUCCCACUUUCUGAAGAUACGAUUGACGGGCUCCUUGGAUACUCAGUCGAUGAGCCAUCCCGGCUUAUUUUAUCACGUUUACAAUCAGUGCUUGUAUAUACUCCAGCGGCACCCAUUUACUUCUUCCAUACUUCUUUCCGCGAUUACUUGACAUCGUCCUCGAGAUGUAAUGACGCUUGGUUUAUUGAUCUCGACAUUCAGAAGAAACUGAUUACUAAGCGGUGUUUCGACGUCAUGAAGCGUAUGCUCCGGUUCAACAUUUGCAAGAUCGAGUCAUCGUACAUCCGUAACGAUCAAAUUUUGGACCUCUCGGAACGCAUCAAGGAGAAAAUUCCUUCAUACAUGGAGUAUGCAUGUCUCUUCUGGGGCCAACACUUACACGAGGCACAAUUCUCAGACGCGUUGUCGAGCGAGUUGUUAGAGUUCCUUCACAAACGAUUUCUGUAUUGGCUCGAGGUGAUGAGCCUCUUGAAGAAGGCCAAUACUGCUAGUCCAGCUCUCCUUCUUGCCAUGAAUUGGGUCUCGUCAUACGAUGCACACAUACUGGCGUUCCUCAGGGACGCACGAAGAAUAAUCACUGUAUAUUUUCCAUGCAUUUCACAAUCGACAUCCCAUAUCUACGUGUCAUUCCUUCCGCUUGCAUCGCUGGAGUCGAAGUUUAUAGCGGACAAUUACUUAAGGCCUAAUCUACCUAUUGUGCAGGUAGAGCACAUAGGCAUGAAGCAACGAUCACCAUUAUUGAAGAAGAUAUAUGUUUGGGGUAACAUCCGUGCUCUUGCAUUCUCGCCUGACAAUAGGCGUAUUGCUGGCCACCUCGGCGACGCAAGUCGAAUUUGGGAUGCCGAAAGUGGGCAAGUCAUUUCUGGACCUUUCGAAGGAGAGCAUUUUCGGACAUGGCAUAGUGCUUUCUCACCUAACCUUGAACGCAUUGUCUCUAUUGGUUCGGAUACAGAAACCGGAACCCAAGAAAUUCGAAUCUGGGAAGUUGAGAGUGGGAAGCUUGUUUUUAAUUCUCUUGAGGGCCAUGCGGAUGUAAUUCUGUCAGUUGCUUUCUCACCUGAUGGGAGGCAUGUCGUAUCUGGCUCAGCCGAUACAACCAUCGUGGUGCGGACUAUUGACAGCAAGGAACCUGUAUCUGUGCGCUUUGCGGGCCAUACAAAAGCGGUAUGUUCCGUUACCUUUUCUCAUGAUGGAAAACGCAUCGUCUCUGGUUCCGACGACAAGUCGAUACGAUUGUGGGAUCUCCAGAGUGGACACCUAAUUUGUGAACCCCUCGAGGGCCAUACCGAGUCUGUGACAUCGGUUACGUUCUCUCACGACGGUACACGUGUUGUCUCAGGUUCUGCAGACUCGACGGUUCGAAUCUGGGAUGCUCGAAGUGGCCAAUGCAUUUAUGGGCCUUUCAGAGGGCACACAUCCGGAGUACAGUGUAUUGCGUUCUCGCCCAACGGGGAACGUGUUGUCUCCGGAUCUACUGACAGAACGGUUCGAAUCUGGGACGUUGAGACCGGGAAAGUCAUUUCUGGGCCUUACAAAGGGCAUGACUAUGACGUGAAGUUCGUCAUGUUCUCUCCCGAUGGGACGAGAGUUGUCUCAGGCGCCUUGGGUGCGAUCCGAAUAUGGGACGCCGAAGGCGAACAGGCCAAUUUGGACAAGUUCGAAGGGCAUGAGAAUAUAAUAACUUCCGUUGCAUUCUCUCCCGAUGGGAAACUCGUUGUCUCUGGCUCUUUCGACGGAACGGUUCAAGUCUGGGACGCAGAAAGUGGGUGUACAGUUUCCGGGCCUUUCAAAGGACGUUCAGAGCAGUCCGAAAAUAUCCUUUCUAUUUCCUUCUCGCCGGAUGGUGGGCGUGUCGUCUCUGGCUCUAUAAAUGGAACGAUCUUAGUCUGGGACGUUGGAAGUGGAGAUAUUGUUUCCGGUCCAUUCGAAGGAAAUGAAGACCGGGUCGAGUCCGUUUCGUUCACUGCUGACGGGACACGUGUUAUCUCUGGUUCAUUGGAUGGCACGAUCCGAGUCUGGGACGUUCACAGUGGACAGAUUAACCAGGAUAGCCCACGCAUCUCAUCUAUUGCUUUCUCGCCUGACGGGGUACAAGCCGUGUCUGGGUUUGGAGAUGGAACAAUCAUUGUAUGGGGUGUUGAAAGUGGAGAAGUCAUUACGGGACCUUUGAAAGAACACGAGUAUAGGGUUUAUUCAGUAGCUUUCUCGUCUGAUGGGACGAACGUCGUCUCCGGCGAUAUUGCUGGCACCAUCAUAAUCUGGAAUGCUGAGAGUGGACAGGUCGUACGCAAACUUUCAGAUGACCAUACCGCACCAGUUGUAUCACUUGCUUUCUCAUCUGACGGCACACGCAUUGUCUCGGGCUCUUACGAUAACACAAUCCGAGUCUGGGACGUUAAGAGUAGGCAGGCAAUCUUUGCACCUUUUGAAGGGCACACGGACUGGGUUCGGUCCGUCGCAUUCUCACCAGAUGGAAGUCGUGUCGUCUCAGGCUCCGAUGAUGGUACAAUCAGAAUAUGGAAUGUAAAAGGUGCGCAGGCAGUUUCUGUCUUCAACAGUCAAUAUUAA